AACCCAAUCGGGCUCUGUUUCAGCAUGAUGAAGGCCUGGAUGAAGCGCAAUAACCACAACCCUGACGCCCGUCUCGACACUCCCUCUUUUAUCCGCAAAGCGAUCAACUAUAUCAACACAGAUCUAGAAAAGAUCUGCAGUUUGUACACGGGCUGUGGUUAUGCGCUGACCGGCAAGGAUUUCCGUUGAUAACAACUGUCAAAUGGCCGCUCGAGCGGCUGAGCGGG